GUAUAGCUAAAAUAGAAGGUGUAGCUGCGGCACUCUCGAGAGAAAUACAAAGAUUGAAAAGUAAGCGAACUUCCUCCUGGGGUUGGAAUGAGAAUACGGCUAGGGCUCUCCUUGCGCUGUUUCUAUCUGGUGGUGCUAAAUUUGACGGGCGAAACCUCGAAGAGGAAGUAAUGGCAAAACACUCAGAACUUAAAGCAUCUAUUGCUUUAUUAAAGAAGUCACUUUCAAAUGAGCAACUAAGUAUGAUCAUUAAUGGAUUAUUGGUAACAUGUCACAACCCUCGUCAUUUUUAUGGACAGAACUUAAUCAAACGUCUUAAGCAGCAAGUACAGAUGCCAAGUAAUUUCACACACCCAAUAGCGUAUUUAACUCUUUGCAAUGCUAAGGAAUCUUGGCCACUUAAAGCUAUUGGAGACCUGAAUAAAAUUUUAAGUACCAAUUCUAGCUAUCCUUUCAUUCGAGACUAUCAAGCAAUCGCAACCAUGGCUAUUUCUUGUUUCCAGAAUCAGACCAAUAUUCUUGAAGAAACUGAAAAUAGCAAUCUGAAAAAUCAUUAUCUACGCAUCAUUCAACAUUUCAAACAAAUGCAGCAUUCCGAUGGGAGUUUUGGAAACGUUCACACUACAUCUUUAAUAACUCAGGCACUUCUUUCAAGUGGCCAUGAAUACUCAAGAGACUGGAAGCUAAAUGCCACCAUAAAACACCUGAUUCGUAAACUAUCACUACCUCAUGAUCUUUUAGCCAGUUACCUAGCUCUUCCAGUCCUCAAUGCCAAAAGCCUUUCAGAUGUCGCCAAAGUAAAUUGCAGUUUAAAUCCAAGGAGAAGUGGAUAUGAUAAUCUUUCAUCUGAAAUUAGUGAUUAUGCUGGUCCAAAAAUGCGUAUCCAGUACUCCCUUUUUGUUGGGGACGAAAUCGAUGUCAUCCACACCAUCUCACUGAGAGUGCCAGAAAACUAUACAGCUUAUGACGUAAUGGAAUUAGCCAAAACUGAGGACAGCAAAUUUAAUUUUAAAUACGAAUCUAUUUCUGGAAUGCUGUACGUAUAUGAAAUUAGUGGAGUAACUAAUGACCCAGAAGCUGGAUUAUUCUGGCUGCUUUAUCAAGGUCAAGCUAAUGUGACAGACAAUCUCACUCACUACAAUUUCGGUCCAGACCAACUUAUUAUGCAAGACAAGGAGCAUUUGGUCAUGUGGUACAAGAAAGCACAUUUCUGAAAAGUGUUUUAUUAGUAGUUCGACCAACGAUAGUGUAAAUGAAAAUUAAAAACAUGAACUUUUACAUAUUUUACACUUUAAGUUCUAUUUUUUAUGUAAAAAUAAAGGAUUCUUCUCAUGCAUUUUGUUGUUUGGUAAAUUUAAGAAAUUCUAACUUUAAGAUGAAGUGAUUUAAUCUUGAGUUGAAUGUUUAAAUGAAAUAGCAGUUCUGAUAUAGACUUAUUCUAAAUGUUAUACUGAAUAAAGAAUGUAUAAGUAUUAUAUUAAUCAAAUAAAAUUACUUAUUGUUGUAAA